GUCGUCUGCGCUCAGAAUCAGCUGUAAAAAUCUAUAUGAAACCGCAUUCUUAUUUAUCACAAGAUGAUUCAACUGUAAGAAGCAUCUCGUUCGCAGCGUAAUUGCCUGUGGAGGAUGACGACUCUGUUUUGAAUCUACAGGGACAAAAAAAAGAAAAGCGUCGCUUCAGCUGCCCGCUCUGCUUUUAUUCAUUUCUAAAGAUAAAUCAUCCGGACUGAGGCAAAAUGCAGCAGCCUGAAACCCAGCGGACAACUCAGCAAACAACGACAGAAGUCCUGGAUCCAGCAGUUCACUACCUGCGUCGGAGGAAAACGGCUCUGUGGGUAACGGUGUCCCUGCUGGCUCUGGCUCUGGUGGUGCUGGCUGUGGGUCUGAUCUCUGCCACUCGCACAGACAACGUGCCUGUCGCUGGAUAUUACGCCGGCAUCACCCUGAGUUUUGGGGCUUUUCUGGGUAUUGUUGGCAUCCACCUGGUGGAAAACCGCAGACCCAUGCUGGUGGCAGCGAUCAUCUUCAUCAGCAUCGGAGUCAUUGCGUCUUUCUUCUGUGCCAUUGUGGACGGGAUCAUCGCUUCAGAGUUCAUCGACAUAAGGCCCUUGCAGGAGGACAUGUGUGACUUUUACGCCAGUGGAGCAGGCUACUCCUACGAUAACUACUAUACUGAGGUGACAUGCCGCUCGUUUGACAAAGCGUGCAAGCUGAAGCUGAGGAGCAACACCUGCUACUGCUGCUACCUGUACAACUGUGCGAGCACAGAGUUCCACACACAGUACUACGCGUUCACCGGGGUCAGCAGCUGCUGGGAUGUGAUCCACCUGCACCGCCUGCUGUGGGCCUCGGUGGUGCUCAACGUGCUCGGCUUGUUCCUGGGCAUCAUCACCGCCGCCGUGCUCGGAGCGUACAAGGAUAUGCAGAAGCCGACUCCUCAGGUGGCUGCCAGCCCAACGCCGCCACCCCACAUCUUGUACAACCCGACCCAGCACAUGGUCACCUACGCUGGCUUCUGCCCUUCAGCACAAUCUCUGCCCACCUACCCCAACUAUCCAAUGACCAUGCAGCACAACAGCAACUAUCAGCCACCUGCUACUCCCCAGAUGAUCCCUGAGGGAGGUACUGCCUCCAAUUCCUGCCUGUCUGAGGAGAACCAGAGCCAGCAGCCCUCUCAGACUCAGCCACAGCCUCAGGGAGCCACCCAGGAACCAGGGGGCUACAUGCUGACACCCAACGCUCCUGUCCUCUACGGAUCCGCCUACAGCCCCUUUGAGAAACCGCCGCCUUACGCCUGCUGAGCCACGACACCAACAUCUGGGGCACGAUAGAGAAAUAACGUCUUGAUUUGGUCGGACUGAAUGUAGCACAAGACAUUUCAUAGGUGACCUUGUAGAUGGAAAACAAUCAGUGAGCUUCUCAACUACACUGUACUGAUAGUUAUGCUACUCUUCAUGUGGCACAGACACAGAUGUGUAGCUGUGUAGUGUAAUUAUACUAUAUAUAGACAUGAUUAAGUUAUUCCAUGUGAAUUCAUUCAAAGGAAACGGUUUGGGAAAUAUGCUUUUUUUGCAUCUCUUGAGUUGCAUGAGGAGAUUGACACCCCUCUCCUCAGCCACAGCCAGCAGCCUGCUAACUUAGCUUAGC